AGUUCAGAGUCAUUUCCUGAAGGUUAUUUGGGCAGUGUGUGUGUGUAUAUAGCGAUCUAAUUUUGGACUUUAUGCCUAUUAGCAGCGGGUCCAAUUCCUGAAAAACUCCUGGUUUGCACUGCUACCGCUAGGUUCCAUGUUUACACAAGUAGUGGUCUGGAUUCUGCCCGUCUGCAAACUAUCUGAAUCCGGAUGCACAGCCGGUAAAGGUCCGAGUUUGUAACCUGCUUAUUUGCCGUGCCUCUGCAUGAGAAGGUCUGCCCGUGUGCAGGGUGACUUUUGGAGUUUGCCUGGUCCGCGCUCCCUCUAACUGCUCCCCAGAGGCUGGAGCGGAUUGAAGUUUGUGAUUGGCACAGAGCCUUCGCGUCAUCGGAGGGUUUGCCCGGAGAGAGUUGAAGAUGGCAACGGCGGAGCACAGCCUGAAGCGAGUGGCCUGGCAGAAGAUCAAGACAUAUGUAUUGGAGGAUUGUAGGACCGAAGGAGAAUGGAGGAUACUUAUUUUGGACCAUUACACCACAAAGCUACUUUCUUCUUGCUGCAAGAUGUCUAAUCUUAUGGCUGAAGGGAUUAGUGUUGUUGAAGAUCUACAUAAGAGCCGUGAGCCAGUUCCAGACUCCAAGGCUAUCUACUUCAUUACUCCAACUGAAAAGUCAGUCAGUGCAUUAAUAAAUGACUUCAAAAGGAAGCAUUCCUACAAGUACAAGGCAGCCUACAUUUACUUCACUGAUUAUUGUCCUGACAACCUCUUCAGUCAGUUAAAGACCACGUGUACCAAAGCCAUAAAGCGUUGUAAAGAAGUGAACAUUUCCUUUCUUGCGUAUGAAUCUAAGGUGUUCACUUUUGACAUUCCUGAUGCAUUUCAUUCUAUCUAUAGUCCAACGUCAAAAGAUAAAGUAACCACGUUGGAAAUGGUGGCUGAUAAAAUUGUGACAUUAUGUGCAACUUUGGAUGAAAAUCCUGGAGUACGAUACAGAAAGGAGCGUGGAAAUGACUACAGGGCUACUGAAAAUAAUGCAGAAUAUCUUGCAAACAUGGUAGAGGAAAAGUUGGCAGAACAUUACAAACUAGACCAGCAAUACAAUGUAAAGGGAAAAACACAGUCACAGCUUUUGAUAGUUGACCGUGGAUUUGACCCAGUGUCGACGAUAUUGCAUGAGCUCACCUUCCAGGCAAUGGCAUAUGACCUGGUUCCAAUUGAAAACAAUAUUUAUAGAUACCAAAUAAAGGAUGAAACCGCAAUGAAAGAGGCCCUUUUGGAUGAGGAUGACGAACUUUGGGUAAAGUUACGGCAUUUACAUAUUGCCGAAGUCAGCGAAAAAAUUCCCAAGUUGGUAAAGGAGCUUUCCAAAAGCCAUCAGACUACAGAAGGAAAGGUCACCCUCAGUUCUUUAUCACAAAUGAUGAAAAAGUUGCCUCACUACCGUAAGCAAAAGACCAAGCAAACAGUUCAUCUGAACUUAGCUGAAGACUGUAUGGGGCGCUUCCGUGGGACGAUAGAAAAACUCUGCAAGGCUGAGCAGGACCUUGCCAUGGGAACUGAUGCACAACAGCAAAAAAUUAAGGAUCCGAUGAGAAUCAUUCUGCCCAUUUUGCUGGAUAGGUCUGUUGGAAGUUAUGACAAAUUAAGGAUCAUCUUGCUCUAUAUCUUCCACAUGAAUGGUACUACAGAAGAGAAUCUUAGAAAGCUUAUCCAGCAUGGCAAGGUUAUGGAGUACUGUGAUACCAUUGGAAAUUGGAUAUUUCUUGAUGUACCCAUUUUCUCUGCUGACAGUCAGCACCGUAAACUUUCUCGGAAGGAUCGCAGUGAUGAAGAGAGCUACCAGCUUUCCAGAUGGACCCCAUUCAUUAAAGAUGUCAUGGAGCCAUUUUGCUUCAUUUGUGAUGAGAGCCUGGAGCAGCGAGGCCUGGAGUAUGUGAGCCGGUGGAAAUGAGCUGGAACACCGCAUGAAACUGCACGGCCUGGAGCAGUGUGGGGAUUGAGCCAGUACAGCACGUGGGCUGUGAAACCCAGAACACUGCAUGGGAAAUGCCAAGUCCCAGAGUGAGGGAGGUGAAUCCUGAUAAAACGCAAUUUACCUUGUUACUGCUGAGUGCCGGUGAGGAGUGGACUGGAGGCUGGUGUGAUGUGGGACUGUUGUUGGACCCAGGCCUGGUGCCACAUGCUGAACUGUUGCUGUUUGGUACUCUUAACAGGACUAUAAUGUGAAUCCUUACCUUUCAAUCCUCUUGUAUGGUAACAUUUUUUUUACUCUGUAAGAUUUGUAUCUCGGGACUUGCACCUAAGAUGGCACCAUUAAAAGGCAGCCAUUGUAAAAACUUGUUUCACUGUACUUCUGUACUUGUGUACUGGAGUACGAGUAACAAUAAAGGAUAUUCUAUUCUAUCCUAUCCUAUUCUAUUCAAUGGGAGGAAACUGGAGCACCUGGAGGAAACCCAUGCAGAUACAGGAAGAAUGUGCAAACUCCACACAGUCACCCAAGGCUGGAAUUGAAUCCGAAUCUCUGAGCUCUGGAACACAGUAACUACACCUAUCUUCCCUUUUCCUGCACUUGCUUUGAGACACUCCUUUUUAAAGCCUGUUGUUGACAAGCUUUGUUUCAGCUGACCUUGCAUCUCUGUAUGUGGCUUAUUGUCAUAUUUUUAGUUUUGCACUACCUUGAGAUUUCAUUAAAAUGACAAUAUGAAUUGAUGUUCUUUUAGCUUUUUCUUUCUUCCCAUUUCACCCUAUACACAGUCUUUAAAUUUUGGGGCAACAACAACAAGUCUGCUUUCCUGAUUUCUUUCAACAGAGAAAACAAUAUUGUGUCUGAUUUAUCUUGUUUGCCUUAAUUAUGUGACUUAAUAAAAUAGAGGCAGAAUCAAAUUAGAGAAAGAAGCAACAGACUCGAUCCAUGAACCCCAAACUGAUAGAGAAGAGGAAUAGGGUUUAAUGUUUGUAGUGGCAUUUACAUCUACUGGCUACACCGUGUCAGAGGAAAUCUGGUACUUGCCUGGACAGCAGCCUGCUCCCAGUUGAAUGAAUCCCAAAGUAGGGCAGCUGCUGUCUAAUACUGACGGUACCACUGGGAGUAGGUGAACACUGCUGCUAUUGCAUUUAGUUUGAUACGGGAUUUCUGGAGGGAGCUAAAUUAUAGGAAUAGUGGGUGCACCAGUAAGUGGGGCUUGCAGGUAGAGGUUCAGCAGCCAGGCCAGGAGAGUGCCUUUCCACAAAGGGCCUCCUUUCCUGAUACCAGGUCCCUUGCUUGGGCACUGUGCCUCAGUACAAGGAUGCUCCUCCCUAUCAAUAUACUAUGGACAAAUCUGUUAGCUAGAAGCAUUCCUGGAUUCCGGGUUCCUCAUUCAUGUAGCAGGUUGAGGUUCUUUAAAUAACCCUUACAUGGGUGGAGUUGAGAAUGAGGGACUUCUCCACUUUCAAGCUUCUUGCCUGAUCAAACAGCUUGCUUCAUCUCCAAACUCCUCUCUCAGGGUGGAGAUGGCGAAAUGGCAUGGAAUGUUAAAAUCCAGCAGUAGACUUUAAAUAAAGAAUUGUUAAGGAGGACCAAAUAUGGCUUGAAACAUAUAAGCUUAAUUUGGAGACUUGGGAACACCUCCGGGAUUAGAGAGUUCAUAUUUGUCUGAACUUGGUUUGAAUUGAGGCUGUUUGGAAUUUUGGAUAUUUUGAAAAUCCUACCAACUUCCAAGCAAUAGGUUGACUGUUAGCACAUUGAAUAGAUCCAGGGGAAUAGGAGGUUGAGUGCAGUUAGCGCUAAUGAUCUGAAAGAAGUUCAUGAAACUUCAACAAACAAACCAGAGUAUAAAAUUCCUACUAUCAGGUUGAGGCCAAAAUAUUGGAUAUUUUGAAGGAGGAUUUAGAUUUGGUUCUUGGUGAUGAAGGAAUCAAAGGGUAUGGGGAGACAGGGGGAACAGUGUACUGAGUUGGAUGAUGAGUCACGAUCGUAUUGAAUGGUGGAGCAGGCUUGAGGGGCUGAAAGGUCUACUCCUUUUAUCUUUUGGACCAAGGAACCAAGCCACACAUUUUAACUUUUUUUUAUUUAAAAAAUCAAAAAACUUCAUACAAUUUGUUUAAUAAACUUGUAUUUUGACAAUUGAAAGUGACCACAUUUGCUAAGCGCUUCCAAAAUGAUGAGUGAAUGGUAAAAAUAUGACUAAGUAAUUCAGCACCUUGAAAUUUAUACCACUUAAUCUUAGAACAAUACUAACUGUUGACUCAAUCUGAGAUUUAUAUCAGUUUACUCUGUUCAGUUGCAACUUGGGAAAAAUAUUUCCUGGAAAUAAAAUUGAUACCCUUGAUGCAUGAUGUUAUUUGGCCUCAAAUGACAUUUGCAUUGAAUGAUGAUUCUAAAAGGGCUCGAUCCAUUUCUGAUAUUGUUAUUAAGCAUUGAGGUGGUGUACACAUGAAAAAGGAGUACAUUUGAAUCUCUCUGAACUGCUCCAUUUAACGUUUGUACAUUUUCAUUGAUUUGCCCAUUCAGAAUUCCAGCUAUACUAUUUUGUCAAUGUAACAUAUUUGAGCGAUAUUGUAUGAGAGGUACUGAACAUUUGACGAUUUACCAUACCACUUGUAGUGUACUAGUUACUUGUAUAGUGUAAGUGCAAUUUUGUUAGCUUUCCUGUCUGCUUUCACAGUGAGUGGAUUGGGUGGGGUUGGAUCUUCACACCAGUCCCCUGUUCAGAACUGGGGGAGCCGAGCAUUAUGAAAAUGGUGCUAUCCUUUUAAUUAUAUAACAGUCCUCUUCCCUGUCUGAAUGGAUUUUAACUGUAUUCCACUAUUUGACAAAGUGCAGAAAGUUGCCUGGGACAACAAGGUUUUUCCCUGAGCCAGCAAACCAAGACUGAUUCAUUCUUCUCAUUUUGUUGUUUUCUCGUUGAUGCAUGCAAAGUGCCUUUGUACUGGUCAAUGUGCUGUUUGAAACAUAUUAAACACGUUUUAGGAUGCAAUGUGAUCGGGGGCAAUGAAAAUGCAAAUUAAGGAAGGAACCAAGUAUCUAUUUUGUUGCGGGUUAUCUGAGUUUCUGGAAAGUGAAACAAACACCAUGGAUGAGGUUUUGCAAUCACCUGCAGAAUGUUGAGACUGCAGAUUCUAGACUGAUCUGAGUAGGCCUAUCAGCAGGAUUAACACGAAGGUUUAUAGAGUUGAUUCCAUGAGGAUUGAAUAGGAGAAAUUGCCCAUUAGCUUUUAUUCUCUUGGGAAUCUGUAAAGUUUGAAAUAAUGAGAAAAUUGACCAACCAGCUAAGUCUCCCAGCUGGGGGAUCUAGAACAAGGGGGUGUGCAGCUUAAUACCGAGAACAAAGCUGGUUAAAAGCCAAUCCAGAAUAAAAUAAGACCAUAAGGAAUAGGAACAGAAUUAGGCCAUUUGGCCUCCCCAUCAAAUCUGCUUUGCCAUUCAUCAUGGCUGGUAUAUUUCUCAAUCCCAUCCUCCUGCCUUCUCCCUGUAAUCUUUGAUCCCCUUGCUAAUCAAGAACCUAUGUACCCGUGUCUUAAUCACACUCAGUAAAUUUGUCUCAGAAGGCUGUGAGGCUAGGAGUUCCACAAAUUUGCCAACUUUUAGCUGAAGAAAUUCCUCCUCAUCUCAGUUCAAUAGCUCUUCAUUCUGAGGCUGUGCCCUGUAGUUCUCAUCUCCCCUAAUGGAAACGUUCUCCGCAUCCUGUCUAUCGAGGCCUCUCGGUAUUCUGUAAGUUUCAAUGAGAUCCUUCUCAUCCUUCUAAAUUCUGUCGAGUACAGACUCUGAGUCCUCAACUGCUCAACAAUUGAAUACAAGAAAUAUCAAACAAACAUUGUGAAAAUGUGGAAUGCACUUUCAGUAACAGAUCCUGAAUAGAUUGUAGUGUUUGAAGGGGCAGUAGUUUUUUUUUAAGGAAGCAAAGGUUUUAAAAGGAGAAAGAGAAAGGCAGAGGACCAGAGAUUGAAAUGAGAUGAAGAGUUGCCCUGGUUAACUAACUGGCAUUGCAGGCACUACUGAGUUGUCUUCCUGGUUGUCAGUUAGAAUUCAAGGUACGGUUGCUCAGUUGUGUUUGAAGCAGUAGCCCUAAUCAGUGUUAUAGCCUUUCCUGUUGCUUUGUUGACAUAUUCUACUGUUUAUUUGCUACCUAAGAGCAUUGAACCACCGCAAUGUAUAAAUGGGAGUGUAUUUUUUU